UAUGAUAUAAGCAAAUCCUGACUAGCUAGAACAAUCAGCAAGUUUAUCGGAUUUAGUCCGUUGUCACUCACUCCUUGGAGAGCUCAAUCUACGAUGGCGGGUCCGUUUCUGAACCAGUCCCAACCUUCAUCAAAGAAGCAUAAAGCGGAGAGAGAAUGGCUAACAGUGAGUUUCAAGCCUGAGAAUUUCGUUCCUGGAUUGGUCAUUGGUUUCAUUCUUGGAUUGUUCUUAGAUUUAUAUAAACCUGGAACUAAAAAGAAGGGUCCCUUAUUAGGAAAACAUCAACAAUAUCAGAAUUUGUCCUCUGACCCUGAUGAAGAGCUCAAGAUGGUUUUGGUUGUAAGACAAGAUUUGAAGAUGGGAGCAGGAAAAAUUGCAUCUCAGUGUGCUCAUGCUGCCACUGGAAUUUAUUCAGAAUUGAUGCACAGUCAUCGUUCUCUUAUUCGACAAUGGGAGAUAUGCGGACAGGCCAAAAUUGUUGUCACAUGCAAGAAUCAACAAGAAAUGAAUAAAUUGAAAGGAGCAGCUGAGAGCAUUGGCCUUCCAACAUUCGUUGUUGCUGAUGCAGGUCGAACAGAGGUUUCAGCUGGAUCUAAGACAGUUCUUGCUAUAGGACCUGGUAGUAAGACAUCUUUGGAUUCGGUGACAGGAAAACUGCGAUUACUCUGAGCUAGAGCUAAACGGAUUAAGUUUAUGCAAACUGACAUAAUUUUAUCUCGGGGAAUCAUGACUUGUAUCGGUGUUCUUCUUCUAGCGAAAUCAUGACUUGUAUCUGUGUUCUUCUUCUAGCGAUCUUCAUUCUUCAGUUAAUGAUAGUAUUGUAUAUUCUUUAAGAUUAUUGAAAUGCUAAAUGGAUUUACAAUUGUCUAAAUUCUUAAGCUUUUACAGAAUGUUUGUAUUCUUUUUUUUGUCUAAGACAUACAUUACAAAAUUGAUUGUAUUUUAAUUGAGACUUUUUUGAAUUUA